GUGUCUCAACACUCAUCAUUUACAACAUCUUCUGUAUUAGAAAAACUCAGUAGAUGUAGGGCAUACGACUACUGGCGCACACACCCUAGACUCUGCUUCGGGAUAUGAGUAGACCAGGGCUAUAUAUCACAAGCCUGGAGACAUGUCGUCUAGACGCACGCAUUCUAAAUCGCGGCACGGCUGUUCGCAAUGCAAAUCUGCUCAUAUCAAGUGUGAUCUGGCUCAACCAACAUGUGGCAAAUGCGCGAGGACUGGAAAGAGUUGUCAAUUUCCAAAUCUGGUCAACGGACGGCUGCCAAACAUUCCAUCAACAAUAUCUCGCCACGGAAGUCCAAGAAGCUCAUCGCUGCUGUCGACAGUUCCGCCUCCAGAUGAGACGACCAUUGCUCCAAGUGUGCUUUACCCGUCUGAGGUAGGGAUCGUGGCUUGGGAUGAUCUAGAGCUCCUGCAUCAUUAUCUGACUGUCACCUCCACAACGCUAGCCAAUCGAAACGAUCUCCGCCAAAUGUGGCAGAUCCAGAUCCCAAAGCUGGCGCUGAAGCAAAAGGUUUUGAUGCACAGUCUCUUGGGUGUCGCGGCAUUACACAUUGCCUCAUCGCGCCCAGAAAGCCAGUCUUCAUACAUCGAGAGAGCCAUCCGGCACCAUAACAUCGCCCUCCGAGAGUAUAGCUGCCAACUUCACAGUAUGACGCGGGAGAACAGCGCAUCGUUGUUCGUUUGCGCAACUUUGAUUGUUAUUUUCGCACUCAACCUCGCCAUGUCAAGGCCGCAUGAGGAGCCCAUGGGGCCCAUCGAAGAGAUCUUAGGUAUCUUUACACUGCUGCGAGGCGUGCCGUUUGUCCUGGGAGAAACGUGGUCUUGGAUCCAAGAGAGCGAGGUUGAACCCAUGUUUAGAGGCAGAGAGGUGGAUGACACGAUUAUACUAGCAGAUGAUAUCGCAAAUUCCGUCGACUUACUUGAAGAGCGGAAUCGAAUAUCUUCGAUUGAGUGUUCUGGAGCAGAUACGUAUGCUCGUGCUAUUCAGGAGUUGAAGGUGUACUUUAAACUGUUGUCAUCAAAGGAUCUGGACAGGGACCAUGGGAUGGUGCUUAGCUGGCCGAUUUCGGUUGGCCGGGAGUAUAUUGCGCUACUGGGUUCCCGGGAGCAGAUGGCUCUGGUGAUUUUGGCGCACUAUGCUGUCAUUCUUCACGAAAUCAGAGAUACCUGGUGGGCGAUGGGGUGGGGGAGGAAGCUGAUCCAGGAGGUGUGCCAGGUGGUUGAUAUUGAAUGGAAAAGCCUGAUUGCGUGGCCCAUGGAUAAGAUUAUGAUAGGGAGAUGAAGAUGAAGGUGUUUUGGUAUGACUCUCAAUUUUUCACUCUCGUGAAUGCUUCGGUUGUGAUUUCCAAAUCAUGAGGGAAUGAAUUGACCACCACCACGGCUAUUCUGCUAACUGCUGCGAGAAUCUAAUUAAACUGUAAGGACUGAGAGGAUUUACGCAUACUGGUCUUCGUAUCUUCUCAUUCUUCCAAGAUCACAGCACAUAUAGAAAAGAUUAGAGAGUAUAAGAUUCCCACUGUCUUUGAUGCUUUUGGGUUGUGUUUCUUAGACAACAGCCUGCACUUAUGUCUUCAAAUAUGAGAUAUUCAG